AUGGAAACGGACGAUGAACAAUUUCAGUCAUUUUCUUCGGAUACUUCGAUUUUUUCAGCCGAGAGCGAUCGCGACGAGACCGACGAGGAAGAACUUGAGUCACCUGUCGAGUUCAUCGAGGAGGACUCUGAGGUUGAAGUUGACCUCGGUGAGAUUGCUGAGUAUGUAGACAACGAAGAGAUUCAUCUUCACUUUGGAGGCUACGAGUAUGAGUUUGUGGGUGAGGUGUCACCGAGUCAAAAAUGUCCGGUGUGCCUCCUGCCCAUGAAAGAUCCUGUGCAGACUACAGAGUGUGGUCAUCGAUUCUGCAGGGGUUGUUUGGAGGAGAAUAUUCUAAGGUAG